UAUAUCUUCCAAAUAGUUUAGGUGGAAGAGAGUGAAGCAUUAAAUUUGGCCAUGUUGAAGUGAAUCUGACGGCACUGUUGUCCGUAAAUAAACAAUCUGCGCGAAGCGAAAUUGUGUUGUUCAAGUAAACUAGGCGUUCAAAUAUUCACUGUUCGUUACUGUGUCGAAGUAUAACGACUUCCUGUUCUUUGUGACUAUAAGAGACUGUCUGAGGUCGUUAUAGACAUUACACAAGAGCUAUGUGGCUCAUGAAAUGAAAUAUCGUCUUAUUAGUUAACGAAGACAUUGUGUAAACGUUGGUUCCAGUGUGUGAUGAUCCAGCAGUAAAAUGUCGGAUAACAAUGACAUAAACCUCUUAGAUGAUGAUCUGGAAGAUGAUAUUGACUAUGAUCUUGGUAAUGAAGAUGAAGAUCGUCUUCUGGCAGAUGAUUAUGAGCUACAGGAUUCCUCUGAGCUGGAGGGUCAUGAUCAUGGAGAAAUACUGCAGUCAGAUGAGAAGAGUUUUGUAGAAACUGAUGAGCCAGCUGAAGAUGAUAUUUUAGAUUUGGGUGUAACUGAUGGCCUUGAUGACUUAGAUUCAGAAAUACAAGAAAGUGCUGAUGUUAGCCAGCAGAAACUUGUUGAAGAACAAUCCACUUUUGGCACAGAAAUAGAGAAUGUAACUGCAGAACCAGAAACCACAGAUCCUAACCACAGUGUAGGUUCCGUCAGUACAGAGAAGAACAAUGCAGAAGAUGUAUCUGCAGAGACUACAACGCAUGUGGAAUCUGAGGAGGAGGAAGAGUCUGAAAUGGAAAGCCGGGAUCGUUUUAAGUCUGAGAGAACCAAUAUUGUUCCCCUGAAGAGCUCAAAGACAUUUGGAAAUAUCCCAGACACUUUAGAUAGUGUAAUUCCUUCAGAUGAUGUUAAUGUAAAGAGGAAGUGGAGAGGAAAGAAAGGAUGGGCUUAUUCGCGACAGUCGGGAUCUAACAUGCGUGGUGGUUUGAAUCAGCGAUUUCACCAGCAGCAGCAGCAGCAACAUUAUCAACAGAAGCUACAACCAUUCCACUCAUUCCAGAACUCUGGACCCCAUUUUGCUCAGAUGCAACAACCACCUCAGAAGAUUCUCAUAAAUCCACAUUUCAGAGGUGCUGUACAGCCCCACCCAGAUGCGCGGCUCAUAUGGGACCGGGAAGGAGGAGUAAAUAAUGGUUUUCCUCAACGUAUGAUGGGAAAUGAAGAUUAUGGUCAGAUGCCACAUGGAGGAUUUGAUGGACCCUUCCAGCAAAAUCCAAAUCCUCCCAGCGCUGUGCUUCCUGAUGGCCUCCACCCACACCAUCACCAUCAGAAUCAAAGUUACCCACCCCCACUGCAUGCAUCGCAACAGCAGCCACAAUACUACAAUGAAAAUUAUAUGGAGCAGCCUCCAACUCAUGCCCCUGUACCAAGUGGGCCUGAACCAUGGUUGAAUCACAGCAUGAUGCAGCAGCCACCAGCUCAUCACCAAAUACCACCCCCACAGGCCCCCCCUGACAAUUUUUUCUUGCCCCCACCACGGGAUACUUUAAUGUUUCCACCUCCACAGCAGCAGUUUCCUCCUUUCCAAGAACAGGGACCUCGGUUUCCACCUCCUGGCAAUUUUAUGCCACCACCUGAUAUGCACAUCCAGGGUGCAUUUCGUGUUCCACCUCCUGGUCAAACCAUGGGUCCUGGUGGACGAUUUAGGCAGCCAGUGUCUAGAUUUCAGAAUAUAAAUAUGAAGCGAAGGGUACAUUAUCAAGGUCCACCUAAUGGUCCUAAACGGAUUGCUUCUCCAAAGCAACAAAAUGUUGUUAGUUCUAGUCAGCAUUCCCAACAACCAGAAACUUCAACACCUCAACAGCAGCCACCUGUGAAAGUUGUUCCUGUGAAGCGUCUGGACUCUACCCCCAGAAGAAAGAAGCGCAUGCCAGACAUGAGCAACUUACAUGAAGUGAAGACCGUAGACACACUACCAGUACAGGCAGAAAGCUCAGCAACAACUACAGUAGCCACUGCUAGUACGACAAAUGAAGAGGGAGAUCAAGAAGAUGAAGAAACACGGGAGUAUCGACGUAAAAUCGAAGAGCAGAAACGAUUACGUGAGAAAGUACUUCAAGCGAAAGAAAUACGGCGCAUGAUGGCAGCAUUGGAGAAACAGCGUCUUUUGAAGAAACAGCAACAAGAACCACAACAAGGACAAGAGCAGCAGCAGCAUCAGACUGGUUCUGUUACUGAAAAACUCACUGGAGGUGUUGAUCCAUCCAAUGUUGAACCUCCUAAGGGAAAUGCCAUUGCAACAAUUGUCAAUCGCAAUCCGGUACAGCCAUUGUCAACACAGGUUACUCCAACAGGAGUUCGCAAGCGUACAGCUGUUACGCGUGUUGGUGUAACUCCUACUACUGGCAUACAGCGGCAGUUAAAGCAUCAGCAGAAGCAUCAACACCACUUCCACCAACAGCAUCAACAAAUACCGCCACAACAACAAUUCUUAUCGCAAGGAGGCCAGCAGCUUAAACAGCAUCCUAUACAGAAGGUGUCUGUAGUCACCAAACAGUCAGUACAGGGCAUUCCAGUUCUACGGAAAAAUAUUGGUGGACCAGCAGCAUCGAAAUCUGCACCAGGAAUGCAACCUGGGCGGAUUGUGAGGGCGCCAUCUCAGCAGGCAUCAGGUACCGCCACAGUGGUGAACCCAAAGAGAGUCACAGUAGUAGGCCAGCAACAGCUACAAGCACGAAAAGUGGUACUCCGUGGUGCAUCAUCCGGAACUGGUGUUCAGUUGCUCACAGGUCAACAACAGCAAAGAGUGGUUAUUCAGAAGAGUACUGCCUUGCAAGGACAGCAAGCAGUUGCAUCUCCAAAUCGAACAGUUAUAGUGAAUCAGGUUGAAGCAGGCCAACAAAGAACAUCUAAAUCGGUUGCAGUAGAAAACCUUUCCGUUGACACUGAUGAAAUGAAACUCCGCAGAAUGUGCCUGCGUGUUGGCACAGUUGAGAAAGUGCAGAUGCAGCCACAGCAUCGACGUGCAGUCAUCACUUUUGCUAACCCAUCUUCAGCGGGAAUGUUCAUCGACCGUUAUCAGCGUAAAAUUGUUGACCUCUCACUCAUACAGGUGUCACUAGUGCCUUAAACGACACCGAAUUAUUGUGGAGGAAUUAUACUCUUUCUUUGCAGGCUUGCACAGCAUUUACUUACUGAAAAGAGAGUCUAGGUAAUAACUUACGUCACUGAAAUUGAAAGGAGAGAUUGUUAUAAGUCUUUGUUCGUGAUUCUUGAAGCAGCUAUCUUUGUAUUUCAGCCUUUACAAAGGAGAGAUCACUGGGAGCACUGAAAAUAAAAUAUGUGUCCUCUCUCUCUCUCUCUCUCUCUCUCUCUCUCUCUCUCUCUCUUUCUCUCUCUCUCUGUCCAUGUCCCUGUCUAUUUUUCUCUUUGGUUUUCAAGCACACAUGACCCCCACCCCCACCACACACACACACAAUUCCUGCAAUACAGGAAUAUUGAAAAACCUCCUCACAAUUUAUUGUUAAAAAUUCUUUCAGCUGCUUAAUAUGCAUCGCCAACCGUGUAGCUUAUUUAAGAACACCAAUAUCAAGGAGUAAUUUGGUCUCAUUCUCUUAUUACUGUAUGACAAGACCAUAUUUUGUCUCAUUAUUUAUUCUGUAAAUAAUCAUGCAUAGGCCUCUCUGGAGUAUGCAGUUUAAUUUCUUUUCUUUUUAAUGUAGUGCCUGUGUACUAAACAUAAGCACUAAAUAUUUUACAACAGUGUAGUACAUUACUUACAAUCAGAAAAACUUUAAUGUUGAAACCGGGAAUCACAGAUAGCUGCUUCCAUUAACAUAGCAGUGGUGUUUACAGUUGGAAUAGUCUUCUGACAUUUAUCCUGUUUGGCAGUGUCAUGCCAGAUACACACAAGGUUUUAGCCUAUUAACUUACAUAAGUACAUUUAUUUGCUGUGCAUGCCCUGCAGGAAUGAGAAAAACAAUAUUAGUUGACUGUUGGUGCUGUUUGUCAUUGGGACAGAUAUAAUUAAUUUGGUGUUGCUGUGUAAUGAAUGUCUAGCUGCUGUGAGCAGCUAAAAAACAUUUUUGACACAAGACUGAAGAAGUAGAUACUUCUCCAUCAUAACACAGCAGCUCAAGAAAAAGACUGAAUUUGGGACAGAUAUAAUUAAUUUGGUGUUGCUGUGUAAUGAAUGUCUAGCUGCUGUGAGCAGCUAAAAAACAUUUUUGACACAAGACUGAAGAAGUAGAUACUUCUCCAUCAUAACACAGCAGCUCAAGAAAAAGACUGAAUUUGAAGUAUUUGUGACUUCAGAGAUUUUUGUCAUAGUUAUCCAAGAAAGUUGUGACAUUUUUAACAAUGUGUGUGUUCAUGUGAACUUGAAGAAGACGCAGUGGUCUUGAAACUAACAAAAUUUUAGAAGCCUGAAGAUGUUACUAAUUUUUUGCUGCCUGUGGCAGUUCCAUAACUAAGCUGGAAAGUAUUGUGCUACAACAAAGAAAUGAAACUGGUUUCGUUUAGUUUGUGGAUUAUCUCAUCCUUAUUUUAUCAAAUUAGGAUGAUUUUUAUCUCCUCUUUUUGUACUGGUUGUCGUGAAGAUACAGGAAUGCAGACAUUGUCAACUUCUUUACGGAUAAGUUGCAUGACUUGUUCUCAAGCACCAUAAAAUAGUUUGUUUAAUACAACUAUUAUACAAUGCUUCAUUCAAGAAGCAUGUAUGACUUUGUAAAAUAAGUGAUUAACAGAAAGAUCUGUUUCUGAAUGAAAA